AUGGGCGUCGCGUUAGGCACCUUAGCCGGACAUAUGGUUGAUCCUACAGCGCCAGUUCUGCUUACUCACUGGCCCACGUGGCAUUCGCGUUCGUUUCUGCCGGCGACGGGUAAUAUUUUGAUGAAUAAUAUUACUCUAACAGCUGAGAUCUAUCUAUCUAUCUAUCUAUCUAUCUAUCUAUCUAUCUAUGUCAUUCUGUUGUUUACCUGUGUAAAUAUCGAUGUGUCAUUCGAUCUAUCUAUCGAUCUGUCACAAUCUGUUCCUAUCUAUCUAUCUAUCUAUCUAUCUAUCUAUCUAUCUCAUUCUGUUCUUUAUCUAUGCAUCUGUCGAUCUCUCUUUCGGUCUAUCUAUCUGUCACUAUCUAUCCCAUUCUCUCUUCAUCUGUGUAUCUAUAGAUCUAUCUUUCAAUCUGUCUAUCGAGCUGUCACAAUAUAUUCCUAUCUAUCUAUCUAUCUAUCUAUCUAUCUAUCUAUCUAG